UUGAUAGGCUUGUCAUCUGAAGACUUUAACCUGGAAACAGGAAUAGGACAUCUUCAGACUCUAUAGUCUUAUUGCCAAUGAUGCAGGCAGUCAAGGACCCUCAUCUAGAAUGGCAGGGUGUCACUAGCAGCCAUGUGGGAAUGAGUCUGCUGAGGGGGAGUGGCCCAGUUUACUUUGUUUAAAGGUCAGCUGCUGGCAGAGGAGAGCAGUGCUAAGAAGGAUGGAACUACAAUAAAAUCUGCUGGACAUGUACUCUCAUGUGUUCAUGUAACAGCGUUGAAUUGUAGGCUCUCUUUUUCCUGAGUGGCUUGGAAAGAUCGGGAAAGCCAUAGGGGAUGAUUGCUCUUGGGCUGAAAAAAACAAAUUUGAGCAAGGCCAUGCAUAUAAUAGGGAAUUAGUAAUUCAGCCUAAACCAAGCUUGCUCUCAGCAUGCUUUUAUCAGGAAUAAUAAAGCACCAGCAUCCAAACUCUCUUGCGGAGCAGCAACCAGAAAAGCAAGAAGAGAAUUCUCGGUCCAAAAGCUUGCCAGUUCUGAAUGGGUCUGUUCCACGGAUUAAUACCACACAAAGUGCUCUCGUGGCAGCCAAAAAGGACUUCUUACAGAGUUUGCAGGGGGACUCUGAUCAGAGGUGUGGCCUUGACCCUGAUACAUCAGCACAUUACAGUAAUGCUGCUGCUACUUCUUCCAGGACAAUGUUAUAUUUUACAGCUUCCAGCUUUUCAAGAAUUGGGAAUUUCACUGAAAGAGUGGAUUGCGACACCUCUGCUAGAUUAAGUAAUGACAUGUCAUCAGCUUCCACACUGCUAGUAAUCCCUGGUAAAAAAUAUCUUGAUAUAGCGUUGACAGAUUCUCGGUUCUUUUUGAUAUGUAUGUGCUUCUUGACUUUCAUUCAGUCACUAAUGGUCUCUGGUUACCUGAGCAGUGUUAUCACUACUAUUGAGAGGAGAUAUAGCCUGAAAAGCUCUGAAUCUGGGCUGUUGGUCAGCUGUUUCGAUAUUGGCAGCCUGUUAGUAGUGGUCUUCAUCAGUUACUUUGGUGGGCAAGGGCGAAGGCCUCUGUGGCUUGCUGUUGGGGGUUUUUUUAUUGCCCUUGGGGCUGCCAUAUUUUCUUUACCUCAUUUCAUCUCUGCACCAUAUCAAAUCCAGGAAUUAAACUCCUCUGUUUCUAAUGAUGGCUUGUGUUUGACUGGAAAUAAUUCAGUGAAAGGCCAUAUGGAAUCAUCAGGCUGUAUGAAGGAUUCACAUGGAAAUGACCACUCACUCUAUGUAGCUUUGUUUAUUUGUGCCCAAAUCCUCAUUGGAAUGGGCUCCACACCUAUCUAUACUCUAGGACCAACCUACUUGGAUGAUAAUGUCAAGAAAGAAAACUCAUCACUCUAUCUAGCCAUCAUGUAUGUAAUGGGAGCUCUUGGUCCUGCAGCAGGAUAUUUAUUAGGAGGAGUCCUUAUUGGGUUUUAUGUACAUCCUACAAUUACUAUUCAUAUUGACCAGAGUGACCCACGGUUCAUUGGUAACUGGUGGAGUGGAUUCCUCCUUUGUGCUAGUGUGAUGCUUCUUGUUAUACUUCCAAUGUUUGCUUUUCCCAAAAAGCUCCCGCCUCGACACAAGAAGAAGAAAAAAAAGAUACACUCUGAUGGUGGUUCAGGUGGUGAUGAUAUUGUGAAAGCGAAAGUAGAUAGCAAAAGUCAGCUAGAGCCAGAAAUUCCUGCAUCAAUGGGUUUUGGAAAGAAUGUUAAAGAACUUCCAAGAGCAGCUUUCAGGAUCUUAAGCAACAUGACAUUCCUUUUUGUGAGUCUGUCAUACACAGCUGAAUGUGCCAUUGUUACUGCUUUUAUUACCUUUAUUCCCAAGUUCAUUGAGUCACAGUUUGGCAUCCCAGCUUCCAAGGCCAGCAUCUACACUGGUGUGAUUAUUGUUCCAAGUGCUGGUGUUGGUAUUGUCUUAGGAGGAUACAUUAUAAAAAAGCUGAAACUCGGUGCAAGAGAAUCUGCAAAACUAGCAAUGAUCUGCAGUGGUGUAUCUCUGCUGUGCUUUUCAACACUCUUCAUAGUUGGAUGUGAAAGUAUUAAUCUAGGAGGUAUAAAUAUACCAUAUACCACAGGACCUACUCUCACCAUGACACAUAGGAAUCUGACUGGAAGCUGUAAUGUUAAUUGUGGCUGCAAAAUCCAUGAAUACAAACCUGUGUGUGGAUCAGAUGGGAUCACAUAUUUUAACCCUUGUCUUGCUGGUUGCAUUAGUAGUGGAAAUUAUAGCACAGGAAUAAGAAAUUAUACAGAUUGUGCCUGUGUCCAAAGCCGACAAGUUAUCACACCACCUACAGUUGGACAACGUAGCCAGCUAAGAGUGGUGAUCGUCAAAACAUAUCUCAAUGAGAAUGGCUAUGCUGUGUCAGGAAAGUGUGAUAGAACCUGCAACACACUCAUCCCUUUCCUCAUUUUUCUCUUCAUAGUAACACUUAUCACAGCAUGUGCCCAGCCCUCAGCAAUCAUAGUAACUCUCAGGUCUGUGGAAGAUGGUGAGAGGCCUUUUGCUCUUGGCAUGCAAUUUGUUUUAUUAAGAACUCUUGCAUACAUUCCUACCCCAAUUUAUUUUGGUGCGGUCAUUGACACUACCUGCAUGCUGUGGCAACAGGAGUGUGGUGUGCAAGGCUCAUGUUGGGAAUACGAUGUGACGUCCUUUCGUUUUGUGUACUUUGGUCUGGCAGCUGGUCUCAAAUUUGUUGGCUUCCUAUUCAUUUUCCUUGCCUGGUACACCAUUAAGUAUAAAGAAAAGAAGAAGCAAAGGCGGAUAUGGGAGGAUGCUUCUGUCAGCACUGUGAGCGAACUGGUGGGUAACAAAGGAGCUCAACAAAACUAUGCAAGGACUAGAUCCUGCCCCAGUUUUAGCUGCCAAGGUGGCCAUGCUGACGAUGUCAAUCUAACAAGAGUGAAUUACACAGCACAAACCUAUCCUGGCCCCCUUACAGCAGGAGCAAUAAAUGUGUCAGUUGAGAAGGCUUCACAAGAAGUCACUCCUGAAAUAGAGGGUCCCUUUCAGUAACUUCAAAUUUUGAUUUAUUUGUACAUAGUAAGUAUGGGGCCUUUUGAAACACCUGUGCCUUCUUUUUCCUAAUGAGAUUUGCCACUGAUAAUAAACCAACAGAGCUUAAUGCAUAGAGCCAUGGCAUAUCUGAGGGCUAGAUACCUCCAAACAACGUAGGUAACUCUUUCUUCUUUUGGGGAAGUAGAAUGUUAAAAGUAGGUGUGUAAGUCCUUUGACUAUGUCUAUUCAAGUUGCAUGUU